GAGAGGAACUCAUUUUGUUCCUUCUUCACAACUUUUUCCAUCCAAAUUUCCAAUAUGUUCCCGGUUUCUGUGAACAAUUGGAUCCCCGAUAAAUUUACCGUCACACAUUUCCUAGUCCCAGUUACGCUAGCCCUCUCGGUGUAUUUGACACUAUGGAGUUCCACCCAAAUAAAGGAUGCUUUCAUGGUAUCCCUCCAACUCUGUGGAACCAGCCACACUCCAGGAAUGUGUGACGAGCUCAUUUACAUCUCCUUGCUUCAAUGGAUCGCCAAAAAUCCGAACUGCGCCGGAUUCCAGACGCACGCCCUUAUCUCCAAAAAAGUACCCCUUCCGGAGGACGGGUCCGAACCAAGCAGAAAAGAAGCCUUGUACACCCUACUUGACCAGCUUCGGUGCUCCUCGUGCAGCGGAAAUUUCAAAUAUUAUUUCUUGACCACGAUCGGUUUCGGAUCGACGAGUUCCUUCCUCUACAAAAAUGCCCGGGUCGAAAUUACUCGGCGAUUCGACGGUCACCAGGAGCUCAUCACGCUGUCCACUCCUGGAAUCUCCUGGAAUCUCCUGGAAUCGUGCCUUACUCCUCGAAAUUAUCCUGGAAUGCAGCCCCACCCCGAAAAAGGGGGACGCCUCUAAACAAAUAAUUUACCAGUGGGACGGACACUGGAGAGAGAUGGGUUAUCCGAAAAAGAAGCGUCCCAUCGAGUCGCUCAUCCUCCAGGAUAAGAUCUUACCCGGUCUUCUUCAAGAUAUCAGGAGUUUCUUGAAAAUGGAGAAUUGGUACGUGGAGAAGGGUAUACCCUACCGGAGGGGGUACCUGCUCCACGGUCCGCCCGGGUGUGGCAAGUCCUCCCUCGUGAAAGCCAUCUCGGGCGAGUUGGGCUACAACAUUUGCGUCGUUUCGUUAUCCCAGCGAAUCACGGACGAUUCUGUUACCCAAUUGUUGAACCAGGCGCCGGGAAAGUGUGUCAUUUUGCUGGAAGAUAUCGACGCGGCGUUUGGCAGUCGGGAGGAGAAAGGUAUGGGUGAAAGUAAGUCAAAUAUUGCUUUUGGGGGGCAGUCCGAAUCUCUCUUGACGUUUAGAGGGCUGCUCAACGCGCUAGACGGCGUGGCUUCUUCGGACGAUGGACAGAUCGUGUUUUUCACGACGAACUAUCCGGAACGGUUGGAUCCUGCGUUAAUCCGACCCGGGCGGGUGGAUCUUAAGGUUCGGAUCGAUUAUCCGGAUGAUGCCCAGGUUGGGGGAAUGUUUGACAAGUUUUAUGAUGCAAAUGAUGAGAAAUGGGAGGGGGUGAAGGAGAAAUUUAUCCAGGUUGUGAGGGGGGUCAAGGUCAAAGUUUCCCUCGCUAUGAUUCAAGGUUUGCUCUUUUUGUAUCGAGACGAUCCCAGGGAAGCGUUGGAGAAAGCGGAGGAAUAUUUCGAGGAACAGUUUGGAAAUGAGACAAAAUUGCCGGGGGAAAAAUUGAAAUUUUAACAAGCAGGGGA